AGCGCCUGGUGUAAUAAUCUGGUCUGACCUGAAGAGGAGAAUAGCUCAAAUUAAUUGGAUGAAGAUCUCUUCACCAUCCUCAUGGAUCUUCUCAUGAAGGGUUUUGAGACUAAUGAUCCUUCCUCACCUUGACUCUGGAGAAGAGUUCUUGAACCAAGAAAUUUCUCAUUCCUAUCUUGUAUCAAACCCGUUUACGUUUCAUUACUCAGGCGCUGCAUGUCUUACGAGCUUAAUCUUUCUCUGUGAUUUUAAUAAUAAUCGAGGUAGCAUCUUUGCUAUUCCUGUACUCUUAUGAUGGAGAUAUUUUUUUCCCUCUUAGUUUCUAAUUGGAGCCUGAGGCUGUUAUUCAGAUUGACUCGUCCAAGUUUUCCUUAAGUAUCUAAGUUUAGCUAAUAUUUAAUACAGCCUUCUUCUUUCUUCUUCCUUCUUAUGAUUGCAGAAAUGCGCUAAACUCACAUUUACCUAUUAUUAUCCUUAACAAUACUUUGCUAAAUGUAACAAUGUCAGUAUAACUAGUCAAUAAAUCACUGUCUUUGGUUUAAGUAAUGUUGUCUGAGUCAGGCAACACGCUCGUAACUUUCGCAUUUUUAUUAUCUGGGUGCUCUUCACAGGGCGGGAUGAGCGGAUGGUUCGGCAGCUACAAGUUGGUGUGUCAGACCUGCGACUUCUCUGACAACCCACAAGCCAUUAGGAUGUUAAACAUUGCUUACUGGUACUACAUCUCCAAGUUCAUCGACUUCAUCGAUACGUUGUUCUUCGUGAUGCACAAGAAGUAUGAACAUAUUUCAGUUCUCCACGUCUGUCAUCACGCCCUCAUGGCUACCAGCCUCUGGUUUGGUCUCCGCUAUCAACCAGGUGGUCACAUCACGCUGAUGGGUUUCCUUAACUCCUUCGUACACACUGUGAUGUACCUGUACUACCUGCUGGCAGCCCUGGGUCCCCGCGUCCGUCCUUAUCUCUGGUGGAAGAAGUACCUCACUACCCUCCAGAUGGUGCAGUUCACCCUCAUCUUCUUCCACGCUCUCUUGCCGGCUUUCGUGGAGUGUGAGAUUCCUACAGCGUUUUUCCGGUGGUUGUGUGUCGUAGCAGCGAUGUUCUUCGUCCUCUUCUCUAACUUCUACAUCAAGGCCUACCGCAGGCAUAGGAAGGAACAGGAAGAAAUUAGUACUGAAGUAACAAAGCACCUCACCAAGAUGUGCUUCAUUGGUGCACCAUUGCCAAAUAGUGUGCAUAGUGGUGGUGUCGAUAACAUGGCAGGAGCUGUUCCCAAGAAAAUGCCCAAUGAUGAUGUUGAGGACAGCAUGGGCACGGGUGCUUCCAAGGAUGCGCCUAACUUGAGAUUACGAAGUGGUGUUGGCCAGCGCGGGUCCCAAUUGGUCCACUCGGCUUAAGGCUGGCCCUGGGUGGAAGUGAGAGUCCAAGAGAGAUGUUCCUGUCCAUGACACCUUCAUUAAGUGCCUGAGGUACAGCACUCUUCAUCUACUUUCACACACUACAGUACACUCACACCUACCCACCUUUUCACACUGACCCUUGUGUAAACCCCCUCUCAUUCAUUCACUUGCCAUCCACCUUCUCAUAUUCACCCACCCUCUCACAUAUCACUCACAUUCACAUACACUCUCAUACCUACUUCUCACACCAACCCUCUCAUGCCCCCCCCACACCCCUACCCAUCCUCUCACUGUACUGUUUAACAUGUAAUGUUCUUUGUGUCCAGUAGUAUCUCCAGAAUUAGCCAUCAAGAAAAAUAAACUUCGAAAUUUGGAAACAACCGACAAUCGGCAAUAACUUGCAUUCCCUCCUUCCUGUUAGUCCAUUAAUUAGAGUUUUCACUAUACAAUUUUGAAAAUGAUGUGUUGCUUACUAAUUUUUUUCUGAUGCUGAGGCUCUUAGUCUGAAUAUUUACUCUUUAGGGGGACGUCUAAACUGCCAUAUCUGCACGCCUCUGGCAAGACAGUGAUAGUGUGAAUGAUGGUGAAAGUGUUUCCUUUUUGGGUCACUCUGCCUCAGUGGGAGAUGGCCGGUAUGUAAAAAAAAAAAAAAAUUACACCAUGACAAUUCUGCAGUGUGAAUUUAAAUGGCAAAGGUAAACCACAGCUUCUGGUAGUAACAAAGUUGCUAUUGUUAAUACUGUAAAAGUAGAAUAAGAGGUAGGCAGUUUUUGUACCCUAGUGUGGUAGUGACUUUCAGAAAUUACAAAACUCACUCACUCUCUCUGGAAACCUACCAUAAUUGUAUAUAAAAUGAUGUGUGUAUUUUGUUAAAUGUUAAAUUUUUUUAUUUAAAUAUUUUUGGCAAUUUAAAUAACAUUCCUGGGAGCAAUACUCUUAUCAUACACUUUAAAGACAAUGCAGUAAAUCAGAUUUAUAAUGAGAUUAUAAAUUGCAUGCAAUAAAUGCCAAAUUUCCA